AUGGGCAAGAAAUCCAAAUCGCAGUCCACGUCGGACUCAAAGGCGCCUGCUUCUGGCAGCCUUCCCUUUCUCGGCGGCGGUGCUGCUCUAGACCCAAAUUUGUCCUCGCUAUUUGACAAAAGUGCUGGCCCCGUGCAAGCGCCCGCGGUGAAAUAUGUUGAGUUCAAACCUAGAAAACAAGUGAAAGAGACCGAAGAUGAAGAUAUCUCAGAGCCGGACGAGGAUUCGGCAGAGGAGGACGCAAUUAUGGAAGAUGCUCCGGAGACCACUGAAUCUGACUCUGCGGAUGAGAAGGCUGCCGAGAUUCAGAGCCGCAAGCGCAAGCGAAGCGGCCGCGAGGAUGAUCUGGAAGGAUCCUAUAUGCGCCGUAUCGCAAAGGAAGAGCAGAAGGCAGAGGACAAGCGAAAGGCCGAGCUGGCUGAAAGUCAAAAACAGGCCAAGAAAGACAGCAAAGAGGAGGGAUCAGAGAAUGAGGCCGCUGAGGACGAUUCGGAAGCCGAUGAGAGUGAGGAUGACGCGAGCGCCCCCGUGCCAGUUCAUGAAAGUGUUACUGGCAGCGACAAGGCCAGUGAAGUUGAGAAGUCCAGUCGUACCGUUUUCUUGGGCAACGUUUCAACCCAAGCCAUCAAGUCCAAGACAGCCAAGAAGACCCUCCUCCGACACUUGGCCUCUUUCUGCUCAACCUUGCGUGAAGCUUCGGGUCCUCACAAGGUUGAGUCAAUCCGAUUCCGCUCCGUGCCAUUCGCUAGUGGUGGAGGAACCCCGAAACGUGCCUCUUUCGCCCGGCGUGAGAUUCUGGACGAGACGACUCCUAGCACCAAUGCCUAUGCCGUCUACAGUACCGUCCAGGCUGCUCGCAAGGCACCUGCUGCGCUGAACGGAACUGUGGUUCUGGACCGCCACCUCCGUGUUGACAGCGUUGCGCACCCUGCGGAGAUUGACCACAAGCGAUGUGUGUUUGUGGGCAACCUUGAUUUCGUUGACCAAGAGGGAGUUACAGAGGAUGAAAAUGGCAAAAAGAGGAAGGUCAGAGCCCCGGCCGACAUUGAAGAAGGUCUCUGGCGCACUUUCAACGCCAACACUGGAGGUUCGAAGGAUAAGAAGACCUCCAAGAAGAGCGUGGAAUUUGUCCGUGUCAUCCGCGAUCGUAAUACCCGUGUCGGAAAAGGCUUUGCCUACGUUCAGUUCUACGACGGCAAUGGUGUCGAAGAAGCCUUGCUGCUCAACGAAAAGAAAUUCCCGCCCAUGCUGCCCCGCAAGCUGCGUGUGACUCGUGCUCGGAAGAUGGGCAAGAAGCGCGAUGACUCUGGUGGAAAGGAUGCUCGUGCGGGCGAUUUGGCUCAGAAAACGCUCCAGGGUCGUGCGAACAAGUUGCUUGGCCGCGCCGGUGCAGCCCAGAUGAAGUCAGAGAGCAAGGGUGGUAUUGCAGGAAAUUCCUUCGUGUUCGAGGGUCACCGGGCUUCCUCCAAUGGCUCGUCCACGCUCAAGAUGAAGACCAAGAGCCGUGGCUCUAAGGGCAAACCCAAGGACCGAAGCAGCAAGCGUGCGGCUGCAUACCGUGCUGCUGGCGGUCAAAAGCCAUGA